GCCCAAAAAUAUGAGCAUUCAACCUCAAGUAGCCCUCCUUGCGGCCAAUUGCCCUCCAUACACAUUGACACCCAUAUAAAAGGAGCGAGGAAGUGAGAGAAGGGCGGGCGAGCGAGCGAGAGAGAGAGGAUGCCAUUGGGGAAGUACUACUGCGACUACUGCGACAAGCAAUUCCAGGACACGCCCUCCGCCCGGAAGCGCCACCUCCAGGGCAUCCAGCACCAGCGUGCCCGCGCCCUCUGGUACGACUCCCUCAAAGCGGAGCCACAUGGUGGCGGGCCUCUUCUUCAACCCGAUGGGAGCUUGGCGAAAGGAGUCUGCCAUCAUUUCGUUCGCACGGGAACCUGCAAGUAUGGAGAUGCAUGUAAAUAUUUUCAUCCAAAGCAAGAUGUUGCAAGUCCAACUCCAGCGGUAUCCGGGUUGAAUUUUGUUGAGACAGUACAAUCACCUAAUUUUUUGGGUAAUCAAAUUCUGUCAGGGGGCAUGGUCUUAGAUCACACAGGAGUUUCAUGGGGCAACAUACCUCCAUCAUUGAGACCACCUCCAGAGGGGGGUUAUCCACCUCUUCCCCUCGUGGACUGGGGAUAAAUCUUGCUGAAAUCUCAAGAAGCUUCUGGCGCACUAUAUAGCGUACAUGUACACGAAGAAUUGAAUCUGUGACAAGGGAACCCUUAUACCAAAGGGCAUAUGCUCAAAGCAUCUUAGCAUUCAUGAAGUUUAUCAACUCGUAAUUUUAAGCGAUCUUAUCAUGACUUGCUGUAAUUCCAUAAUGAUACUAUUAGCAACAUGGUUAUGUCAAUAUUUGUGCUUAUUUUUGAUGGCACUUACUCUUGUUCAGAACUCCAGAAAAAAAAGAUAUUUGAGGGAUGAGGCAAGCAACAAUUAUUAGAAGUAUGGAGGUCUUGGGGCAUUUAAAAAAAAUGAUGAUGAGAGUUGAUGAAAAUUUCGUUAUUCAUCUCGUACGAUGUUUUUUUAGCAAAUGAUCUCCUACAAUGUUAAUGAAGGCUUUGUUAUCUG